AACUCUCUUGUCUUUUCAGAAUCUACUCUCUUUUUUUUUUCCUCGAGAAAAAAAUUACUUUAACGGAAAGAAGCUGUAAGAGAAAAUCCACAACAAGCAAGCGAGAAGGAUUACACUUUCUUCUUCGUCUUCUGAUUGUAAACUGAGAGACAUCGAGAGAUUCGUUUAUCGUCGUAGUAAUGGCGGGAAUAGCUAUAGUCUUAGAUCUACUUAAGAAAUCUCAUAACACUCACCGUAUCCACUCAUCGUCCUCGCUCUCUCCCGCCUCCGUCGCCGUUUCCGCUGCCGCCAGUGCUCCCUUCGCCUCUAGGUUUCUCUUCGGUUCCUUUGAGCCUCGAGUUGCGUACUGUGAUGCUGCAGCAGCUGGAAUAGAUGAUGACUACAUUGCCGCUAUACGGAGAGUGUCUGCUGAUGGUUUGCAGCUUCAACCUCCUACGUACAUUCCUAGCUCUAAGGUGUACAGUGUCCAGCCAAAGCCGCUUUUCUCGGCCUUUGAGUUCAGGGCGCUUGCGAUGACCACGGUGAGAUCUCUCCUCAUGUUCUAUCUGCCUCUUCUGGAGGCUAAACCGGCUUCAGAAGACGAUGAUGAUGAUUUCUUAAACAAUGCUCAAGAAGAACAACGCCGCGUAGAUUUGAUUGUUCCUCUUAAAAAGUCAGCCAAGCAGAUUGCACGUGAGACCACAGUUGUGACUACUAGGAGAGUUCUUGAAAGGGUGGCUGUUAGUUAUGUCUCGCAGCGUAUGGCAUGGAAACUUCUAAAGGAUGUGCCUCAGUCAACUUUACGCAAAGCUGGGAGAGGCUGGCCCACACAUGUAUACAUCUAUAAAGUCAGCCAGACAACUCUUAGAGGACACUUCCUUGGUAUUGCAGCAUCAUGGACAGUUCAAGUAGGCAUAGAGAUCUACAGAUGUGUGUCCCGGUAUGUUAAACCCAAGGACGACGAAGAAGAAGAAGAAGGGGAACAAGUUGUGAUAUUAGAGCAAGCCAAGGAUCUUGGAAACAAAGUUGUGGGCAUCACAGUAAGAUGUGGUGCUUCCUUAGUUUUUGCUGCUAUUGGAGCUGGCAUUUGCUCAUGUCUCAUACGUCCCUCCAUGGGCCAAUGGAUCGGGUGCACGCUGGGGGACUUGGCUGGUCCGAUGGUUGUUUCGAUUUGCUUGCAGAAGACUCUUCAAGCUGAUAGUUAACUUCUUUUGUGGAAAUUGAAUUCUACUCUGUCAUCCAAUUUAAUUCAGAGCGCUUUGUUUUUGGGUUUCCGAAAUUUUCUUAUAGUUUUAACUGAAAUCUUGAAACAUUUUGAUUGAUGGACUCAAAAUGUACAAUAGUACAAUAAGUCAGGUGAUUAUUUCCUGAAUGAUUUAAUGUUAUUCUUAAAGUUUCUUCUUGUUAA